AUGGUAUUAGUGCAACCAUGGACGCCGGGUUUCAAGCCAUCGCAAGCUACAAUCACUAAGAUUCCGGUAUGGAUUACCCUCCCCGAGCUGCCAAUUGAGUUCCAUUCUGUAUCAGUGUUACAAAAAAUUGCAAGUCAGAUUGGCACCUUCAUAAAAACUGAUAACAGAGCCAUUGAGCAAAACAGAGUGCGUUUUGCAAGAAUCCAAGUACUAUUAGAUUUGGCGUUGCAAAGGAAGGAAGCAGUAUGGUUGGGGGCAUUCAAGCAAAUGAUCAUCUACGAUGAAACCCCGUUCUUUUGUGCCCUAUGUCAAUCCAUCGGCCAUGGAGUGGGCAGAUGCCCGCUAGAAACAGAGCAGAGGGAAGAACUGCAGAGCGGCGCAAAGAUGAGCCAUGAGGAAACCCUAAUCAGCGACAACAAUCAAAGGGAUCAACAACCGUUGAUGGAAGAAGGGGAGAUUAAUCCUAACCCAUGGAUCAAUGUCUCCAACAAAAAGACAAGCUACAGGAAAAGUACAAGGAAAAGUAAGAAAGCAACAAAAAGUCCAGAAAAAGGGGAAGGAAGAAACAAAAAAAGACAAGAAAUUUCGGCGCCUAAACAGAAGCAGGGUUUUCAAAUGAAAAAGAAAAUGGGUCCAAGUGGGAAGCAACCUGUGCUGGUCAAGAAGGUGGUCCAAAAUUUAGUGGCCCAAAUCGAGAAUAACACACAACUGGGGGCCCAAAACAAUGAAGGCAAGGCAGAUCAAAAGAUCGGAAAAAAAAACAGCAUCCAAACAAAAACCUAA